AUGGGUUAAAUGUGCUCUACUGGUAAGAAAAUCAAAAUCAAAAUUUACAACUCUUAAGAAAUUAUGAUAAUCCUAGAUAAAGAACAAACCAGAAAAAACAUAGAAACUAUCUCUAUUUAAUUAAGAAACUCAAUCUUCAAUCUCUUUUAAUUGAUCGAUACUAAGAUGUCCCAGAACAAACAGAAAUUACUCUUCGAAACAGAUAGAAGUAAUGCACAUAAUUCCAUUCAUAAAUUCUUAAGAAUCUUAAUUAAUUAGUAUUAUAUAGCAUUUCAACAAAAAUUUAUGAAUGUUGCUUAUCCAAUUCUAGAAAUUUGUGUGGUUAAAAUCUUAAUUGAAUCAUAUUUAGCCAUGAAAACUUUAAAUUCUAAAGAAGAAAUUUGGUGGAACCCUUAAUAUUUUUAAAUUCGAAAAAGAGUGCUCGUUUAAGAAUUUAAAAUGGAUAUCAAACAGUAAAAACCAAGUAUUGAAGCUUCAUUCAUUGAAUAUCUACAGUUAUUAAUAGACAUUAUUGAAUCUCUGCUUCAUUAAGCUGGUCUAAUUAACUAAUAAGAAAAAAAAAAUGUCCAUUAAAUAACAGAAUCUCACACAGAUACGAAUCUAUUUUAUAGUGAAUUGAGAAGAAAUAUUGAUUUAUGA